AUGCUCAUCAUAGACCCUCUUGCUGUACAAGGGCGAUCCCUCCAUUUGUUGAGGAAGCGUAUGCAAGAAGAAGAGGAGGCGCGGAUAGAGUUUGAAGCCAUUGUGAAUAGACCAGCAGGGAUGGGAGACAACAAUCGGGCUGCGGAUGAAGCCAGAACUACGUACGAGUUUGCUAGACCUUCUCUUGAGGGUACACAGACGAGUAUAUUACGACCACCUGUGGCAGCCAACAAUUUCAAAAUAAAGCCAAAUAUGAUACAGAUGGUGCAAAAUAGUGUACAAUUUAGGAUGCCGAAGUAUGCCAAGUUCUUAAAGGUAAUCUUAAGUAACAAAAGGAAGCUAGAGGAUUUGGGACUAGUGAUUCUGAACGAGGAGUGUUCGGCUAUUCUUCAGAACAAGCUGCCACUCAAAAGGAGAGAUUCAAGGAGUUUUACUAUUCCCUGCAUCAUUGGCGAUUGGCCUAUUAGUGGUGCAUUAGCUGAUUUAGGAGCUAGUAUAAAUUUGAUACCCACUAGUCUGUUUGAUAAGUUAGGUUUGAGUGAACCUAAGCCCACUAGGAUGAGCAUUCAGUUAGCUGAUAGGACUGUUAAGAUUCCUAGGGGUAUUAUUGAAGAUGUUCUGAUAAAGGUUGACAAGUUUAUUUUUCUUAUGGAUUUUGUAGUUAUGGACAUGGAAGGUGAGAGUAUUGUGCCUUUGAUCCUAGGUAGACCCUUUCUUGCAACAUCUAAGGCUAUAAUAGAUGUUUAUGAUGGAAAGCUUCAACUUAGGGUAGAUGAUGAGACCAUUACCUUCGACCUAACUACUACUAUGAGACACUCUUUAGACCAUGAUGAUGUUGUAUUUUCUAUUGAUAUUCCGGGUGAUUUGGUUGAGUCUCAUUUACAGGAAAUAUUGCUUGAUGAUCCUUUGAAGAUAGCUUUGCAAGGAGAGGAGGAGGAGCUGUCCAACGAGCAAGUCAGAAGUGCAGAAAGUGAAGUCUUCUUUCCAGGACCCCCGGCCUUAGAAUUGAAGGGGUUACCUAAGCUCGAUGAGGAAGAAAAGUUGCCGGUGAUUAUUGCAGUAGAUUUGACACCUGAGGAGCGAGCAAAAACUCUAGAUGCACUCAAAAGGUAUAAGAAGGCCUUUGCCUACAAGAUUGCUGAUAUUCCUAGGAUCAACCCUAGUUUAUGUUCUCACAAGAUUCUUAUGGAGGAUAACUAUAGACCAAUAGUUCAGCCCCAGAGGCGGCUUAACCCGAACAUGAAGGAAGUAGUGAAAAAGGAGGUUAUGCCGAAGAAAGGAGGCAUGACAGUAAUUCACAAUAAGCAGGAUGAGCUGAUACCUACACAGACAGUUAUGGGAUUCCAAUUUUGCAUCAAUUACAGGAGGCUUAAUGAUGCAACUCGGAAGGAUCAUUUCCUUCCUCCUUUCAUUGAUGAGAUGUUAGAAAGAUUGGCAGGACAUAUGUUUUACUGUUUCCUUGAUGGUUUUUCAGGGUGUUUUCAGAUUCCAAUUGCACCUGAAGACCAAGAGAAGACGACUUUCACCUGCCCCUAUGGGACGUUUGCUUAUAGACGGAUGCCUUUGGGUCUAUGCAAUGCGCCAGCUACGUCUCAGCGAUCCCCUAUCAUGGCCGCUUUGAUUGAAUUAAUGUGCGAUGCCAGUGACUAUGCAGUUGGAGCUGUGCUUGGACAGAGGUUUGAGAAAAAGUUCCAACCCAUUUACUAUGCUAGCAAGACUUUGACAGGAGCCCAAGAACAUUACACUACUAUAGAGAAGGAGUUGUUGGUUGUUGUUUAUGCCUUCGACAAAUUCAUAUCAUACCUCAUCUUAUCAAAGACCAUUCAUUGA